AUGAGUGCCGAGCGUGAUCAGUCGUCCAAGCGGCGCUGUGUCAGCACAGCCUGCAUUGCCUGUCGCCGCCGGAAAUCCAAGUGUGAUGGGAACCUGCCCAGUUGUGCCGCCUGCUCCUCGGUCUAUCAUACCGCCUGCGUGUAUGACCCCAACUCCGACCAUCGCCGCAAAGGCGUGUAUAGAAAAGACACCGAUACCCUGCGAACUCGGAACACCACGCUGCAGACCCUCAUACAGGCAAUCUUGAACUAUGAAGAAGACGAAGCGUUUGAAUUAGUCCGCCAGAUUCGGGCAUGCGACGACCUAGAAGAUGUCGCCGAGUUCGUUAUCGCCCGAGAUAAAGGUGAUCUUCUCCCCGCCGAGGCGACGACAGCAUCGGGCAACGAAGGUGACCAGGCGCCGGUCGAUCAAUUCGAGUCCGAGCUGGCGGGCAAGAUGGGUGAGCUCUUGCUUGACGGUUCACGUAAGUUCAUCGGAGGCACUUCCAACCUCAUUUUCCUUCCACCGGGCUCGGAGCUGCACGAAUCCUCGACACCUCCACCUGCCGAGCUCGGUCAGGAUUAUUCCCCUGUGAAACGAUGGACUCGCGCUACAGAUGACGAGUUCCUGAUCAGCCAUCUCAUGACCAUGUACUUCACGUGGCACUAUCCAUUUUUCACUAUCUUAGCCAAGGAUGUGUUCUACCGGGACUAUGUCCGCGGAGUUUCCAGCCAGUACUGUUCCUCGUUGUUGGUCAACGCCAUGCUAGCUCUGGGCUGCCACUUCAGUUCCUACCAAGGGGCUCUGGAUGACCCCCAGGAUCUUGCAACCGCGGGCAACCAUUUCUUCAGAGAAGCCAAGCGGUUGGUACUGGAGCAUGACGAGCAUGAGAACGCAAAACUCUGCACGGUGCAGGCAUUCGCCCUCAUGUCCGUACGAGAGGCAGGAUGUGGCCGAGAAGGCAAGGGCUGGGUUUACAGCGGCCUAAGUUUCCGGAUGGCUUUCGACCUUGGUUUGAAUCUGGACGCCUCCAGCCUCGGCGCAGCUCACGACCUCACUGAAGAAGAAAUCGAUGCGCGGCAGAUUACUUUUUGGGGCUGCUAUUUGAUUGACAAGUGUUGGUCAAACUACCUUGGUCGCCAGCCUCAGCUGUCCUUGUCCAACGCCAGUGUACACAAGUUCGAUGUAUUCCCAAGGGAAGAGAUAGAAGCGUGGUCGCCCUACACGAAUUCAGGCCCGAAUCGCGAAUACACUCAACCCUCUCGCACAAGGGCGGUUGCACUUCAAAUAUUGAAGCUCUGCGAAAUCAGCGGCGAUCUUCUCGUGUUUUUCUACCAUCCAGCAGAUGUGGACAAGGCACCACCAAAGCAGCUGAAGCUGAAGAAGCUUAGCGAGGUCCAUACGCGGCUGGAGGCGUGGAAAAUGGAACUACCCAAGGAACUGGAACCGAAGAAUGGUCAACUUCCGCAGGUGCUUGUGAUGCAUAUGUUUUACCAGCUGCUCCUCAUCCAUCUAUAUCGCCCCUUCCUGAAGUAUACCAAGUCCAGCACUCCGCUCCCUGCACAUGUGUCGCCCCGUAAGAUAUGCACCCAGGCCGCGUCUACCAUAUCCAAGCUGCUCCGGAUAUACAAACGCAGCUACGGAUUGAGGCAGGUCUGCAACAUUGUCGUCUACAUGGCCCAUACGGCCUGCACCAUCCACAUCCUCAAUCUGCCUGAGAAGAAUGCCCAGAGAGAUAUCAUCCAUGGUCUCAAAAGCCUCGAGGAGAUAGGGGAGGGGUGGCUCUGCGCGCGCCGCACGAUUCGCAUCUUGGACAUCUCCGCCCAGAAAUGGCAGAUCGAACUCCCCGCCGAAGCAGUCAGGAUCAUCGAACGCACCCACGGUAUAUGGGGAUCCUGGGGAUCAUGGGACCAGGCAACCUCGCCUUCUAUAUCUGACGAUUCGCCAGCAAUGGAUCUACGCAUGAGCCCAAGCAGAUUCACCACUCCGGUUCCCCCACGCCCUGAACCUUUCACCUCCGCUGCACCGAGCGGUAGGGCGACAGCCGCAAUACCUUCACAGUACCCCGCUACCACUGCCGUCCCUUCAUCCUUCCAACAAUCGAUGCGCGAAGCCCAUCAUACUCUAAACACACAAAUCCAAAGACCCGACUUCGCGCCCCCAGAACCGACGUACCUGCGUCCCAUAUCACAGGCAAGCUACCAGAUCCCGUCCCUUUCCAUGUCGGACCCGUCCUCUGCACCACCAGGGAAUCCAAGUGCCUGGUACGAUGCAUCCAUUCUCUUCCCAAACGCCACUACGACUCCCACCGCGUCGACCACAUCCCCCGAGGCUGUGUUUAACAGCGGUACCGAAAAUCUGGUCGAGGAGAGCCAGGAUUGGUGGUCUCGCAAUGCUACUACCUGGGGCGAGGGUUGGAGUAAUGGCCAUGCUGGUCCGCAGCCACCAUAUGCUGGCAACAAUAAUGCCCACGCCCAUCGCUAG